AGUUGAGUCUGGGAGGGGAGCUUCAGCCAGACCAGAGACGUGGCCUGUGAAUCCGAGUCUCGCUUUCUGUGUCUGCUGAGCUGACCCUCCCCAACAGCUGCUUCUUGCCUCGGACCUCGCUAGGUUCACGUCGCGUACCUGUUCGCUAGUAUGCUUAUGCCCUUAUAGUUGCUUUUCCCCGUCAUGGUAGAGCCUUGGCGUAUUAGGGUUAGGCCGUGUCACAGCUUGUGACAUACAGUCGGCACUCUAUCAUUGAAAGAGCUGGGAAGCUGGAACUUCUCGAUCCUGGUUUCCUCGUCCCGGCGUUCCUUGUUGCCGAAUCCUCGUUAUAAGCUCCGCGGUUCGCGUUAAUAAACGAUGCUGGGAAGCGUAAGAGCCCGGCACGUGGCGUGCCUGGUAUCGUGCCUCCUACUCGGCCUCUUACUCGCCGCCUGCUAUCUCUCCCGCGAGUAUGUGGGCUCGCUGCUGCCUCGAGUUACUGUUUCCGUCGACUUGUCGGUGCUAGCGGCGCUGCUCGUCGGCGCUGCCGGCUCGCUCUCCAUCAACUUCCUCCUCCAAAGAAACUUUGCCCUCAUUCCCGUCUCCGCCGCCACCGCUCCCGCUGCUGCCGCUGCUGCCGGCGCAGCUGGCGCGGGGGUAGGGGGAACGGGGGAAGGUGCGGGUGCGGAAGCGGGCGCGGCGGGCGGAGAGGUGGGGGAUCCGGGGCCCGGGCUGGUGGCGUUCGACAUUCCCGAUAACGCGUGCUACUUCUGCGUGCGCCGACCCGCCACCUCCAAAUGCGGCAGCUGCAGGCUGGUGUACUACUGCUGCCGGCUCAGCAGCGGCGCGCAUACAGCGCACGCGGGCGCUGCUGACCCCCUCGCAGUGGCGCGCGCUGGGCGAGUACGGGACGCCGUGCGCGCGCUGCUGCCCCCCCACCUGCUGGUGCCGACGCAGCCGGACCUGGUGGCGGCGGCGCUGCUCAAGAUGGCGGCGUACGUGCGGCAGCGCCCGCACCUGGUGACGCAGCCCAUGGCGGAUGCCGUGUGGGGCGCGGCGCUGAGCAUGCGCGGCGAGGGCCUGGCGCCGCGGCUGCACAUGGCGUGGGCGUGGGGCUUCCUGGAGGCGUCGGUGGAGUCGGGCGGCGUGGACGCGUUCCUGGGCGCGCUGCGCAUCGACGCCCACGGCGCCGCCGACCUCCCGCGCGAGGUCGGCGCCUUCUUCCGCCACGCGCCCCGCCAGCAGCUCCUCUACUUCUGACCACGGGGCGGCAGCUCCUCUACUUCUGACCACGGGGCGGGAUAGGGGGGAAUGGGGGAGGGGAGAGGGGAACAGAUGGCACGCGCCCCGCCAGCAGCUCCUCUACUUCUGA